CCAUUGUUCACUGGCACCACUGUCAGUCUGACAUCCCAGCUGCUCAGCCAUGGCCCCCAAAAAAGCCAAGAAGAGGGCGGCGGAGGGAGCCAACUCCAAUGUGUUCUCCAUGUUUGAGCAGGCCCAGAUCCAGGAAUUCAAAGAGGCCUUCACAAUCAUGGACCAGAACAGGGAUGGCUUCAUUGACAAGAACGAUCUGAGGGAUACCUUCGCUGCUCUUGGACGUCUGAAUGUGAAACAGGAAGAGAUCGAUGACAUGCUCAAAGAGGCGCCUGGUCCCAUCAACUUCACAGUCUUCCUCACAAUGUUUGGUGAGAAGCUGAAAGGUGCGGAUCCAGAGGAGACCAUCCUCAAUGCGUUUAAAGUCUUCGACCCCGAGGGAAAAGGCAUCCUGAAGAAAGACUACGUGACACAGAUGCUAACAACACAGGCUGACCGAUUCUCCUCUGAAGAGAUGGAGCAGAUGUUUACCGCCUUCCCCCCUGAUGUGGCUGGAAACCUGGACUACAAGAACCUGGUGCACAUCAUUACUCAUGGAGAGGAAAAAGACCAAGAGUGAACCUUUUUCAUCAUGUUUUUUUUUUUUUAGUUACUCUAGAGGCUGAAAGUGAGAACUGCAAGCUUUUUGCUUAUAUUAGCUUUAUUGCUUCUGUACAGUCAGACUAAAAAAAAAUCAAAAACCACACUUCCAAAAUAUUUUCCUCAAAACAAAUACAAUCAGCUUGGAGUUUUAUUGCAAUAAGAUGUUUUGGGGUUUUUUCUGUUUUAUUUGCAAUAUAUUUUUUAGACUAAUUAUCAUAUUUUUACCCUAAUUUUGUAGACCAAAAACUACUAUUGUCUGUUUUACGGUGCAGUGCCUUCAAACUUAUUCACAUCCCUUGAGCUUUUCCGCUGUUUGCCUUGUUCCCUACGAACAUCAGUGUUAUUGGCAUGCCAACACAAUCGUGCAUAACAGUGAAAACAGAAAGAAAAUUAUGCAGGUUUUCAAAGUUUGGUUGUUUUUUUUUUUGUUGUUGUUGUUUUUCCAAAUAAAAUUCUGAAAAGUGUGUCAUGCAUUUUCAGUUCACCCAUUACUUUGGUUCCCAUGAGGGCAAACAGCUUCCUUCAGAAGCCUCCUAAUGAGUUAGCAUGAACAUACCACCCCCACUGUGGCGAAUGGUAGUGGAAGCAACACGUAGUAGAGAUGCUUUUCCUGAGCUGGGAAAAAAAAUGGCUCUAAUUACCAAAAAUCAUUGAUGUUUGUUGUUGUAACUUGGCAAAAAAAAAGUGGACAAGUUUAAGGGGCGAGCACUUUUGCAAAGGACUAAAUGGAGUGUAUGCAUGUAAAAAUAAACUUACUUAAACACA